AUGACUAAAACUAAAAGAAAUUUCAAACCACAUAAUAAAAAGACAAAAGUUCCUCAAGCACCAGCAACUAGCUCAACAAAUUCAAAGGAUGAUAGUAGUUUACCAGAGGUAGAAGUCAAUCCUUCGUUCGUUUUAGAUGGAUCGAUUUUAGAAGGUGGAGGUCAGAUUCUCAGAAACUCAAUUGCUCUAUCAUCGCUAUUGAGCAAACCAGUGAGAAUCGAAAAGAUCAGAUACAACCGUGAUCAACCCGGACUGAAAGCACAACACAAAGCCGGUGUCGAUUUGGUGUCACGUAUGUUCAAAGCACACACCGAUGGCGUCAAACAAGGUUCAACAGUGCUCUACUAUCACCCGAGAAUCUCAACCACCAAUAUCAAAGACCAGUCGAUCGAGGCUGACACUGGCACCGCUGGAAGUAUCACAUUACUCAUUCAGAUUGCAUUGCCAUGUUUGCUAUUCACACCGAAAUCAACAAAGCUUGAUCUUGGCGGUGGAACCAACGUUGACUUUUCACCGGCUGCCGACUACCUAAUGAAUGUAUUCUUCCCAAUAGCCAAACAAUUUGGUAUCAAUUCAAAUAUGGAAGUUUUAAAAAGAGGAUACUAUCCAAGAGGAGGUGGAAAAGUAUCGUUGAUUACUCAACCAAUUAAAGGUACACUCAAUCCCAUUUCCAUUCUGAAAAAAGGAAACCUUGUAAAGUUCACAAUUAGAGUAUUUUUUACCUCAACAAGAAUUUCAGCAGAGGUUGGCGAUCGAAUGUUGAAUGCAGCAAGAAAAAUGAUAAAGAAAGAUUAUAAAAAAGUUGAAAUCGUCGAGGAGUUGGUUGAUACUGCUAAAUAUACAUUUGGUGAUGGUUGUUGUAUUUUUAUUACUGCAGAAACAGAUACAGGAUGUUUGUAUGGUGGCUCUGCAAAUGGAGCUAUAGGUGUACCUGCUGAAAAGGUAGGAGAGGAUGCAGCCACUUCAAUAUUAAAUGAUUUACUACAUGGCGGAUGUAUGGAUGAGUAUUUACAAGAUCAAUUGAUUAUCUUUAUGGCUUUAGCAAAAGGUACCAGUCAGAUCAAAACCGGACCAAUCUCACUUCACACAGAAACUUCUAUUCAUUUCACAUCUCUACUGACAGGAGCAAAAUUCCAAGUUAAACCAGCAGAAGAUAAACAAAGAGGUGAAGAUACAUUUAUUAUUACUUGUGAAGGUGUUGGAUUUGAAAAUAAAUCAUCUGAAACAAAGAGUGAUGAGGAAAUUACAGAACAAAAUGGAAAUGAUGAUAAUACUUCAACAACAACAACUACAACAACAUCUUCAUCAUCGUAG